AGUAGUGCGUAAGUUUUGGAUUACUCGAACAGUGUUUUGUUUAAAAGGAUCAAUGGGUUUUUAACAUGCUUUGCAUGAAUUUUUUAUUCACUACAUUCUUCUUGUCAUAAAAAAUAUUCACAAAAUCUUACGUUUACUAAAAUGUCUCUUUUUAAAAUAAGCAGCUUUAUAACAGCUUGUGGGGCUUACGGAUUAUAUAAUACGCACAAAAAACAUCAUGGACAUACGACAAUGGCCAAAUGUUGCGGAAUUGUCGGAUAUAUAGGCUCUAAAAAUGCUCAAGAAGUUUUAUUAAACGGAUUGAAAAUUCUUCAAAACCGAGGUUACGAUUCCUGUGGUUUAUCCACUUUAUCUGAAUCCAACGAGUUAUGUACGGCUAAAUUCGCUAGUUGUGGCACAACGAGUGAUUGUAUUGACAUUCUUUCACGACAUCUUAAAGACAAUCCAGCAAACCAUCAUAUGGGGAUUGCACAUACUCGCUGGGCAACGCAUGGAGCUAAAACAAACACGAAUGCACAUCCACACACUGAUUACAAAAAUCGUUUAAGUUUGGUUCACAAUGGAACAAUAAUUAAUUAUCAAAGCAUUAAGAAAGAUUUAGUUGCAAAGGGAAUUCCAUUUAAAAGUGAUACCGACUCGGAAGUCAUUGUUAAUCUAAUAAGCUACCUUUUAGACGAAACGAAAAAUGUCUUACAGGCUACUAGUAAAGCGUUAGAGUUACUUCAAGGGACAUGGGGUCUAGCGAUUAUUUCAAAAGAGUGUGAUCAAGAGAUUAUUCUAGCACGUAAUGGCUCUCCAUUAAUUGUUGGAUGCUGUCAAAACGAAGUAUUCGUGGCGUCCGAACCAAGCGCUUUAGCCAUGUAUACAAAUCAAUUCGUUGAGUUGGAUGAUGGUGAGAUUUGUGUUGCGAAAAUUGAUGGGAUCCAAAAUUUAGCAGCCCAAAAAGAUUUAUUUGACGUACCCAUUGAUAAUUUUUCCUUAUCACCAAGUCCGUAUGAUCAUUGGACUUUGAAAGAAAUUAUGGAACAGCCUGAAACCGUGGAAAGAGCUUUGAAUUUCGGUGGAAGACUGCACCCAGUUGGUUACAGUGUAAAGCUAGGAGGCUUAGAACAAAGUGUAACUGUGAUAUCGAAAAUUCAAAAUUUAAUCAUUACAGGGUGUGGUACAUCAUUCUAUGCGGGGAUGUGUGGAGAAUUGUUGAUGCAUCAUCUGGGAUGCUUUGAAACAAUACAAACACUGGACGCUGCUGAAGUUACCAGUGAACGGUUUCCGAGGACGUCGUCCUCAGGUGUUCUCUUAUUAUCCCAAUCUGGGGAAACUCAUGAUACCAUUCGCGUGUUUCGUAUGGCUGCGAAUCUUUCCGUUCCAUGUUUUUCCGUGGUUAAUGGCGUCGGGAGUCAACUAGCGCGUUUAACCAAGUGUGGUGUUUACCUCAACGCUGGUAGAGAAGUGGCCGUCGCAUCUACAAAAGUGUUUCUAUCUCAAGUGAUUGUAUUGUCUCUUAUUGCGGUCUGGUGGGCCCAACGUCAUAAUAUAUCUUCCGAAAAGUGCCAGACUAUGAUGCGAUCUUUAUGCCGUUUACCCUUAUCUAUUAAAGUACUUUUAAAAGAUCACCGUCCAUUCAAAAUAUUAGCGGACACUUUAAAACAUUGCCAAAAUAUAUUCGUGUUAGGAAAAAACGUAGGUUACCCUAUAGCAUUAGAAGGUGCUUUAAAAAUUAAGGAAAUAUCUUAUAUUCACGCUGAAGGAUUUUCUUUAGCAAGCCUGAAACAUGGUCCUUUAGCUUUAAUAGAUGGUCACGCAAAAAGUCCGGUGAUCCUCAUUUGUACAGGGGAAUCGGAAAUGAGUUUUUUGGAAAGUACUGCAGAGCAAUUAAAAGCUAGAAGAGCCUACGUUAUUGUUAUAAUUGAAGUGGAUAAAGUUUUGAAUACCAACGUGGAUACUCAUCUUUUUGUACCUUCCAAUGAUAUUUUUUCACCUCUAUUAGCCGUCGUUUGUCUUCAAACUUUAGCUUAUUAUUUAGCUAUUUCGAGAGGGAUUAAUCCAGAUAAACCACGAAGUCUCGCAAAAACAGUGACUGUGUCAUAAAUUGUUUAAAGUGACGCUUAGUUUUAUUACCUUUUUUAAUACAAAUUAAACGUCUUUAAAUCACCAUUUUUAAAAACUUCUUUUAACAAACAAAAAAUUAGUUGAGUUGAUGUUUUUCUGGACUUUUCUUA